AUGGCGGGGAACUGCAAGCUAGGCGCCGACAUUGUGCACCACGGCCAUGUCCGCGUCGGCACAACGCAGAUCCGCGAUCCAGCCUUUCUGGUGCCUCGCGGCUUAGAUGACUACGUGACGUGGAUGCCCGGUAGUAAGAUCCGCCAGCACGUGGAUACCUUCAACGCGAUGCGCGAUGACUACAACUACUGA